AUGCCAAAGCUUGCGUACAUAGCGCUAGCCUUUAUUGGCUGCGCUGCGUCAGUCGAGAUACGAAGGGGACCAUAUGAGGUCCGGCACUUGGAAAGGAGGAAUGAUACCGGCGUGUAUCAGACUGCACGUUCGACAGUCUCAAAUGCAUCCUCGGUGUCGAGACUGAGCGAUCUCUCGGAGGAACCACCACUGUCCGCAACAACAACUGCAACAAGCAGCGCAGGUAGCCAGGACGAGACUCAUUCCUCCUCCUCAUCAUCAUCAUCACGGCCAGUACAGACCACAGAAGCAGGUAGAUUACCCGCAGUCAACACCACUGUCUCAUCAGGAUCAUCGUCGGCCUCAACGUUGCGCUCAGCAGCUGCUGCAGAAGACACACUAUUGUCUAAUGCGUCAAACACGAAGGAUGCCAUGCAAGAUACUCCACUCGAUGAACCAGCAUCGAUACCAGCGACGGGACUCAAUCUCGCAAAUGGCACAUCCGGAUACAACUCAUCAAUAGCAUCGCCAUCGAUACUCCCGGCCACUGCAGAGGCUGUCCCUUCAUCAGACUACACAUAUAUCACAUCUAGACUCCGACCUUAUGCAACCGGAGCUUCUGAUCUGUUCGCCAACAUAUCGAACGGAACCAGAAUAUCCUCGGGCUACCAUCCUCAAGUCACUGCCACCUACCGACCUACGGGAUAUGUAGGACCUCGACCGAACCAGACCUGUGGUGGAGCUACGGUCAACAUCGUUGGAGCCUCUCUCGACUGGUGGUAUACUGAGACCUACACUCAAGUCGAUUCAACGUUCGUCGUGCAGCUCGACGACAAGAACUCAUCGACAGCAUGGACUCUGCUGCCAGCCACUUCAACCUUCGAUGUUACAACCGCUGUGGCCAACCCGACAUGUCUUUCUUCCACUGGUCUCAAUCCUAGUGUCAACGAAACGGAAGUCCUGUAUUCCUGCGUUGAUACUCCAACUCCCACCGCUGUGGCCACGACUACACUCGAACAGACAGCAUACAAGGAUAUUGAUGUCACUACGUCGCGAGGAGAUAUUCCUGAUGUCGUGACCACUCCAACACCAGCUGCUAUAACGGUCGCCGACAAUUCUGCCACGUACUCGGCCGGCACUCCGUUCGUUCACUUCUCACAUUAUGAAGUCGUGAGCAAGCGGCCGUUCCGCUAUGGUUACGGUCGUGUUGGGUGCGCCGAGACGACGAGAGUACAUACAUUGUCUACGGCAGGCAGUUUCGAGUACACUGGCGGCGAUGUUGACGGGUCAUAUGCCGCCGUCGCUGGCGACUUACACCAGCUGGUACUCGGCGAUCUUGGCGAGCACACGGCAACCGCCGGUUCAUUCGUCGCGGAGCCAACGGUCGUCGUGGUUGUCGAGAAGAUCGUGGCCGCCGCGAGGAUGUUCAAAGCCAUGCUUCAACCAUCUCAGGCAGUGCUCGAGCUGCCAUCGGCGACUCUGCCACCUGAUAUGUCUGAAGUGCCAAUCACACCAACAGAGGCGGGCACGACCUGGGCGCCGGUCGCGCCUCACAUCGAGCGAACGGCGAGCGAGCUGGUGGUGCCGACUCCGAAGCCGACCAUAGCAAUGACGACAAGAGUCAAUAGUCCAUUUGUUGCGCAUGUUGAAGGUCACGAUAUCACCCUCGCCAUUCCAGUUGAUCGUGCCACACCUCAAGCAGUCGUGACGGCAAUCUUCAAUGGUGCGACUGUCACUGCUACUGCUGUUAAGAAUGGUGGAGGAGAUUUUGGAGGCAUCGUCUCUGCCGUGGCGGAGGUCGCUCGACCGGACAACGCCUUGGAGGUCCUUAGCAAUGCUCAGCUUACGUACUCAAAGCCGAACAGGAUUGCUCAAGCGAUUGCUUCCGCGAUGGGCGAUACGAGCGGUAAAAGACCAGCUAGACCGCAACAGGCUCCCAUCUUGACCAUUGGAAAUUCGGUCUUUACUGCGUCCGCAGCUGGCGGCGGUGGGAAAGCAGUGAUAAUUGGUGGACAGACUCUGUCUGCAGGAGGACUUCCAAUUACUGUUGGAGGUACACCAGUCUCACUCGCCCCAGGAGCAACAGAAGUGGUUGUUGGAACUUUGGCCUUUAAGAUCGACACUACUCCCAAUCCAGGCAUGGUCGCCAACAUACCACUCAUCACUGUCGGAUCGAGGACUAUCACGGCCAACGCAGCCACGCAAUUCAGACUGGCCGGAACCAUCCUCACACCAGGAGGUACCGCAGUCGUUUCCGGCACAACAGUCAUUCUAGAAUCCCACGCAAACCGAGUUGUGAUCAAUGGGCAGACAUCCUCCCUCUCUCCUCCAGCAAUAACUCUAGCACCUCUCAUCACCCUGGACGGAACAAUUUACCAGGCCAACAUCGGCACAACUUAUGACAUUGCCUCUCACUUUCUCACCCCAGGCGGCGCUGUCACCAUCUCUGGAACCACCAUCUCCCUCCCUCUGACCGGUUCAGUCCUUUUCGUCAAUGGCCUUGCCCAACCCACAGCCCUCGGUGGACUGCAACCAAAUAUCCUGCCAACCAUCACCGCUCCACCGGCGCUCAUACUGAAUGGCAACUCCUACAUGCCCAACGGCGCCGCAGCCUAUCUCGUCUUCUCGCAGACCCUCACGCCGGGCGGCCGCAUCACCUAUACCAAUACCCUCGGCGGAAUUGAAACCGUUUCCCUCGACGCAUCUCUGCAUACGCUACUCCACAUCUCCGACUCACAAACUCGCACAUCUCUCCUUUCACCCAUCGGCGCAUCACCCGAUGGUGCACCUGUCCUCACCAUUUACGGCAAAACUUACACGGCGCAAGCUUACUCUCCUGGUAUGGGCGCCACAUAUAUUAUCGCCGGCCAGACUCUCACAGCAGGUGGUACAAUCCUGCACACCCUACCCUCAGGCGAGACGGAAACAAUCUCCCUCCUGCAACCCGGCACUGCGGUCGCCAUUACAGGCCCAGAAGGCCAUGUAACCACCUCUACAAUCCUGGACGCCUACGCCGUGCUGCCCACUUCCCCACCACUGCUCAUUCUUGGAGAUGAAGUAUUCGCGGCGAUCAAUCCCGGCGCAACGUACAUCAUCGAUGGACACACUCUCGUCCCAGCGGGGAACGAGGAGACAGUGACGGUAGACGGAAGAACAUACCACGUCAGUCUAGCGGCUCAAGCGACUGCUUGGGAAGUGAGUGAAAUUGGAGCUGCAGGCGGGACGAGGACGGAGGCGUUGUUUCCGGCGAGGAUGACGGGGAGUACGUUUGUGAACUCUGCGGAGGCGACGCAGGGGUUGGCUGCCGAGACUGGUGCUGCGGGAAAGAUUGGCGGUGGCGGUGGGACUGGAGGAGUGGCUGGUGAUGGAGAUGAGAACAUAGGGAGCGGCUUGGAGGUGAAGAGAUGGGUUGCGAGCGGUCUCGUUGUCGGGACGACCUUUUUUCUUGCGGUUUGGCUCUGA